UUUUUCUUUUCCUUCUGUGCGUUUCUGUCUGGCUGCAGCGCGCCGGAAGCUGACCAUAAUGGUCUCUGAGCGCACCGGCCAGGAAACGAGCUGUGCGCUCUUCUCCUACCCGUCCUCCGCUCCUCCACAGAGCCCAGUCAUCAUUACCGGGCUCCGUGCCUUGGCUCCCUCCCCCUCCCUCCACUGCUUCAUCCUCAGCCCUCCCUCCCCUUCGCUUCAAUGUACGUCGAAAAAAAGUCUCCUCCUCUCACCGAGUAUGAGCGCACGUCUCCAACCAUCCUUUUACGCGCGUACAAGCUAUCCAAGAGAAUCCCCUACGGUCGGCCCCUCCCCUUUCCGUUCCUUACCGCCCUCACUCAUUCAUGACCCCGAUUGGUGACGUAGGAGAUUCCACGGUGCCCACUGCCGUAGGCAAUAACGGGAUGCUUGAGUAUAUAUGGGCCACUGGUAGCCACCACCAGGCACACUCUCAGUCGCUCCGACUCGGGAACCAGAGCAUCAGCGGAGAUAAGGCUUUACUUCGCCCUCUCAGGCUAACUCGCUUUGGGCUUUGGUUCAGGAUGGAAUCUUCACCUAUUUCUCGGAGCCGACGUUGCUCCAUCAUGCACAACUGCAAAAGCGGUCUCUCCCUCUGGCUGGUGGUGUGGCUGGUCCUCGGCAAGCCAAGUCCGGCAUCGGCGUGCCCGCAUCUGUGCGUGUGCUACCCGACGCCCAUGACUGUGAGCUGCCAGGCGCAGAACUUCACCGCUGUCCCGGUCGGAGUGCCCUACGAGUCGCAGCGUGUGUUCCUCCAGAACAACCGGAUCACGGAGCUUAGAGUUGGCUCUUUUGGCUUCGGAACUCAGGUUCUGUGGCUGUUCGCUAACAACAUCACGUGGAUUGAGGCUGGGGCCUUCAGUGAGCUGAGGGACUUGGAGGAGUUGGACCUGGGAGACAACCCUAACCUCCACAGGCUGGAGGGGGGAGCCUUCCGUGGCCUUGAGAAGCUCCAGAGCCUCCACAUGCACCGCUGCAAGCUCACCGCCCUGCCCCAUGACAUCUUCCACAAGCUGUACAGCCUGCAGUUCCUCUAUCUGCAGGAGAAUAAUCUUCACUUCCUGCAAGAUGACAUCUUUUCUGACCUCAUCAACUUGAGCCAGCUGUUCCUGCACGGCAACCGUAUCCGCACCCUCUCUGAGAAUGUGUUCCGCGGUCUGGUCAACCUCGAUCGUCUUCUCCUCCACGACAACCGAAUCCGCCAGGUGAACCGCCGCGCCUUCCGCGACCUCGGCCGCCUCACCAUGCUUUUCCUCUUCAACAACACCCUGGCCGAGCUGCCCAGCCAGACCCUGCGGGACACCCAGGGCAUUGAGUUCCUCCGGCUCAACGCCAACCCCUGGUCCUGUGGCUGUGAGGCCCGUGCCCUGUGGGAGUGGUUCCGUGAGGCCCGUGUCUCUUCAUCUGAGGUCAUCUGCGCCUCCCCUUCCACCCGCCGAGGACAGGACCUCCGCUUCCUUCGUGAGAUGGACUUCGCCCUCUGCCCCCUGCCCGACCCCGGCUCCAUCGCCGGCUCCACCACCACCACCUUCAGCACCAAGACCCGCUGGUGGUUCCACAAGAACAAGCCCCAGUCAUCCACAAAAGGCGUCUUUGAAAAAGCCUCAGAGACUGUUAAGGCCGGUUUGUAUGGGAAAGGCCCAUCCACGACCACCUCUGUAGUCAAGUAUGAGCUGGGAGAGGAAGAGCUGGCGCUGCCCAAACUAGACCCUGAAGAGUAUUGGGCAAACUAUGGCAACGAGGACUCAGGUGUCACCCUGAGGUGCUUUGAGCUCGAAUGUCCACCUGACUUCGAUCUGACUCCAUCUUCCUCCUCUCCCAGAUCCUCAUCGCCAUCUUACCUUUCACUACUAGCCCUCUCUGUUCUCACCCUUUGCCUCAACCUUCACCUGCUAUUCGGCUGAAUCUGACUCUUAGUACCAUCCCCAUCCCUUCCAGCCUGUUUUAAAGGCUGUGAGGAUCCCUGUUAGACUCUCUGAACCCCUUUGCCCAUUCUGCUGUACGCAAAUCCUCAAGCCACAGCGAGGGAGAUAGGGGGACGGUUAGAUUCUGAAUCUACCACCUACAGGGCUUAACACUUUUCAGGGCUGCUAAGAGUUCUUCAGUAAGUUCAUAUAUCUCUACAAAUGCUCUGCAGGUUUGGCUUUCUGUGUCUUACCUGUAUGAUGUCAUGUUACGAUUCCCUGCAAUCAGGGCUACGAGGGCUGAGUCCAUCUCUAAUAUGAACGCAGUUUGAUAGCAGUCAUUGAAUGAUGUUGUCAAUUUGUCACCUCAACUUAGUUAGUGCUACUAGUGCAUCCAAUUAACUGGUUGCUAUACAAAUACAACAGUUACUGUUAGAAUCAGUGCACAGUAAUGACAAUACUGUAACCACUUAAAGUGUCAUGUAAAUAGGUAUUUAUUCUGUGAGUGUCCAGACUGCACAAUCAUUUUCAUCUUGAUCCAGGAAAACUGUGAAGGCUUGUGCUUCUACAGGACAGAGCACCAUGCGAAGAGAAGAAAACACACUGUGAAGUCGGGAGGGUGAGAAAUAGGAAAGAAAGAGUGAGCAAUGCAGGGACGUCAUCGAAGAACGAAGAGUGACAAAAGGGAGGAGAUUUUUCGAGAGAAGAGGGGGAGAGUCUUAAUGCAGCAAUAAGAGAAGAAGCAGUAAACAGACACAACGAAGGACAGUGCUGGCAGUAGAAGCAGCAAGUUAACAGGAGAUUAGUAAUAAACCAUCAGUAGUUGCUCUUACCCACCCAAGUCAUUCCAUCCACCAUUUUCUUUUUGAAUAUGAUGUUGUUUUGCGACAACCACAGGGAUCGAAUGCUUCUUGUAAGGAAGCCAGAGAUUUUGUUUUUUUUUAGAUGUCUUUCUGUGACAUAUUGAUAUAAUAAUGUGUACUGAUUGUUGACUUUGAAUGCAGAUGAAGCUCUUGAUAUAAAGAUACAAUGAAUAUUUCCUGAA